CACGUCUUGAGAUGGCGUCAGUCCCGAGGGGGUCGAAGCACAACUUACAAAUGCAGUUUCGGCGGGGCGACUCUGGCUGCAGUCGUACUUCCACCUAAAAACAUGUCCUAUUAGUAUCAUCUUGCUUUUCCAAGAACCACAUCCAUCGUCACGUAGAAGAACACAGUAAAACUUGACGACCCAUUAGCUAUUUAUAAUCUCAUCACCAUGUCGACUUUCAGACCUUCCAAUAUCCUCGUCUUUGGCGCGACGGGCAACAUUGGCCUUUUCAUUACCGAGGCCUUGUUGGACGCCAGCCCCUCGUUCGGUCAAAUCACCAUUUUCACAUCGCCCGCCACAGUGGAAAAGAAACCGGCGUUGCUCGAUGGCUGGAAGAAAAAGGGUGCCAAGGUUAUCAGCGGCGACGUCGACGACAACGAGCAGAUCCAGGCCGCUUACAGGGAUGCCGACACCGUCAUCUCGGCAUUGGGCAGGAAUGUCAUUGAGAAGCAGAUCGACCUGAUCAAGCUGGCCGAGGAGACCGACUCUGUCAAAUGGUUUUUCCCCUCCGAAUAUGGCACCGACAUCGAGUACAGCCCCAAGAGCGCCGACGAGAAGCCUCACCAGGCCAAGCUCAAAGUGCGCAAGUACAUACGCGAGAACGUCCGGCGGCUCAAGUACACGUACCUCGUGACGGGCCCGUACGUCGACAUGUUCUUAACGCUGCCCGCCGUGGCGCAGGAGGCCGGCGGGUUUGACACGGCCAACCGCAAGGCUGUCCUUGUCGAGGAUGGCGAGGGCAAGGUCGGCUUAAUCACCAUGAAGGACGUUGGCAAGACUCUGGUCGCCUCGCUCCGUCACCCCGAGGCGUCCUUCAACCGCGCCCUCAAGGUACAGUCCUUCGUGGCGACCGGCAAAGACAUCUUGGCCGAGUAUGAGAAGCAGACGGGUGUCAAGUGGGAAGUGGCCUACUCGCCGCUGCAGAAGCUCAGGGAGGCCGAGGAGAAGGCGUGGGCCGAUGGCGUCCCUUAUGCGACCAUCUUCACUCUGCGACGCAUCUGGGCCGAGGGUGGCACGUUGUACGAGAAAACGGACAACGAGAGGAUCGGGCUUGGGCCCCAAGAUGUCGAGACGCUAGAGGUGGCCGUGAAACGGUCAUUGGGUAAGGCUCAAUAGAACCAUCCGAAGAAAUAACCAAUUGAACAUUCAUGU